AUGAAGCUGGUGACGGUCCUCAUGCUGGUCGCCCUCCCCCUGUACUGCUAUGCAGGGUCUUCUGGCUGCUCCCUUCUUGACAAUGUGAUUGAUAAAGCAGUUGAUCCCACUGUGUCCAAGGAUGAAUACAGAGCAUAUCUUCAAGAUUUCCUACAGACUGAAAAUGAGGAAAACGCUGUAGAUGAAUUAAAGCAAUGUUUUCUCCAGCAGUCAAAUGAAACUCUGGCCAAUUUCAAACAGAUGUUGCAAAUCAUGUACAACAGUAUAUACUGUAAACCAUUCUAA